CUCUCUCUCGCCGAAGGCAUUGUUUUGCAAACUUGGGGGAUGACUCUUCGCAGCAUAUAGAUUGUAUUGCUUUACCUGGCUAGCCUGAUGGCUGUUGGCUUCUGAUCGGUCAUUCUUCUGGAUUGACUUGCCCUUUUAUUUUUUUUUUUAAAGGUUUUAAAAUUAGCUUUUCAAUCAUUUCAACUUAUUAAUACACUUCAAAUUGGACGGGAAUGGGAGUUGCCUGGAGUUUUGGAUAGCUGCUGCAUCUUGUAAAUUCAGUCCUAGAUUCAAAAAGAAAAGAGAGGAUAAAUCAGAUUUGUUCUACUUUUGUAGGGUGUCUUUUAUUAUUAUUUAUUUCUGACCUGGAUAGUAGAGAAAUAGACACGGUUCUUGACUGCCUGCCCUGCAAUCGUUGGGAAGAAAAGAAAUAGAAUGAAAGGCCUAAAAAAGUUUGGAAUUUUGGGCCCAAAAAAGUCUUUGCACUUGAUGGAUAAAAUAACAAAUAAAUCAAUGGAUGGAGAUAGAAGUGGAAGUGGAAGCAGCAAGCAAAGAAAAGAAAACUGGGGACGUGGUUAGCGUCAAAACUACAAGUCUACUCUUCAGUACCAACCAAGCACUCAAAACUCAAAACUGAGAGCAUUGACAUGUACUGAGAAAAGAAAAGGCUGAGCUUGCAUUUCGUUUCAUUGCAUUGCAUGUGUUCUUCUCAAAGGACUAGUCCUUUUCUUAUCGCUUAUCAACUUUGGUGGUAAUGGCAGCAUUUCCAAAUAAUACUCUUCGGUCUUUCAAACCUCUCUCCCCCACUUUUAACUCCUCGACGGUCAGAAAUUCCGUUUUGGCCCGAAAUUCCGUCAGUCAGGUGCCCUCUUCAACUGGAGCUGUCUCUGCCAAAGAAAAGAGAUCCUUCCCAGGGAAACCAGAGGCUGAUGUUGUAGUCAUUGGAAGUGGUAUCGGUGGAUUAUGUUGCGCCGGGCUCUUAGCUAGGUACCAGCAAGAUGUUCUUGUCUUAGAGAGUCAUGAUCUGCCUGGGGGUGCUGCUCAUUCGUUUGACAUUAAAGGCUUUAAAUUUGACUCUGGCCCAUCUCUGUUCUCUGGUUUUCAGUCCAAAGGCCCUCAGGCUAAUCCUCUUAGUCAGGUUCUUGAUGCACUGGGUGAGACAAUUCCUUGUGCUAGUUAUGAUUCAUGGAUGGUCUACUUACCUGAAGGUGAAUUUCUGUCGCGCAUUGGCCCCACAGAAUUUUACAAGGACCUGGAGAAGUAUGCAAGUGCAAAUGCUGUUCGAGAAUGGAAAAAACUUCUUGAUGCCAUUCUUCCAUUGUCUGCAGCUGCGAUGGCUCUGCCUCCACUUUCCAUCCGAGGGGAUUUGGGUGUUCUUUCCACUGCCGCUGCAAGAUAUGCUCCCUCUCUCUUGAAAUCUUUUGUACAAAUGGGACCUCAGGGAGCACUUGGUGCCACAAAGCUUCUCAGACCAUUCUCAGAAAUCAUUGACUCAUUGGAACUGAAAGAUCCCUUUAUACGUAAUUGGGUGGACCUACUGGCUUUCUUGCUUGCUGGGGUGAAAUCUAAUGGUAUACUUUCAGCAGAGAUGAUUUACAUGUUUGCGGAAUGGUAUAAGCCAGGCUGCUGUCUUGAGUACCCUCUUCAUGGAAGUGGUGCAAUUGUUGAUGGUCUUGUUCGGGGAUUGAAGAAGUUUGGUGGACGGAUUUCUCUUGGAAGUCAUGUGGAAAAGAUUGUUGUUGAAAAUGGUCGAGCCACUGGAGUCAAGCUAAGAAGCGGUCAAUUUAUACGUGCUAAAAAGGCUGUUGUUAGCAAUGCCUCUAUGUGGGACACUCUAAAUCUAUUACCUAAGGAAGUUGUUCCAAAGUCAUAUCUGGACAGGACUAAGACGACUCCUCAAUGUGAAUCAUUCAUGCAUCUUCAUUUGGGAUUUGAUGCAGAGGACGUACGGAAGGACUUGGGGAUUCAUCAUAUAGUUGUUAAUGAUUGGGAUAGAGGAGUGGAUGCUGACCAGAAUGUUGUUUUGAUAUCUGUACCUAGUGUACUAAGUCCGGAUCUGGCACCACCUGGGAAACAUGUGUUACAUGCUUAUCUUCCAGGAACUGAACCCUUUGAUUUGUGGAAAGGAUUUGACCGUAAAAGCUCUGCAUACAAAGAGCUCAAAGCUGAGAGAUCUGAGGUUAUGUGGAGAGCUGUGGAGCGUGCAGUUGGUCCUGGCUUUAGCCGAGAGAAAUGUGAGGUUAAGUUAGUCGGAUCUCCAUUGACACAUCAGAGAUUUCUCCGAAGGAACCGAGGAACAUACGGACCAGCAAUACAAGCUGGUAAAGACUCUUUCCCAGGGCAUUCUACUUCCAUCCCUCAGCUUUAUUGUUGUGGAGAUUCUACUUUUCCUGGCAUUGGUGUCCCUGCAGUUGCUGCUAGUGGUGCCAUUGUAGCCAAUUCACUAGUUUCUGUGUCUCAACACUCUGAACUUCUUGAUGCCAUUGGAAUUUGAAUGCAUGGUAGUCUAAGAUUUGCAUUGUUCA